GGGGGUGAGGACGCCGAGGGAUGCUGUGUCUUUAAGAGAGAGAGUGUGUGUGUGAGUGUGUGUGAGAGAAAGAGAGAGAAAAGGGAGGGACCUCUUUGCCCUCCAGAAACCAGGAAGGGAAUUGAGUUGAUCUGCCGCUGCUUGGUUAGCGCAUACGGGGGCUUUAAGCUGCGCGACAGUGAGAGGGAGAUAGAGAGCUCCGGAGAGGAGGAGAGGAGAGGGCCGAGCUAACCCACAACAAGCACCACCACGGCCAUCACAGAUAGGCAGACAGACAGACGGCAGGACGGAUACACGGGUGGGGGCUGUGCUUGGCGGCUCGGCGGCAGGCUGGUGGAAGAUGUCGUCAGGGGCCGGGGGGAGAGGAGGAAGGCGGCUCCGGGGUAUAACAAGCACUGUGGGCGGGGGGAGACGAGGAGGAGCAGGGGAGGCGGAGGAGGGUCCCGUGGGGAUCCCUUUCCCCGAACACAGCGCGGACGUCCUGGGCGGCCUGAACAAGCAGCGGCUCAGUGGGCUCCUUUGCGAUGUGCUCUUAGUCACCCAGGACCGGGAGUUUCCGGCCCACCGCUCCAUCCUUGCGUCCUGCAGCUCUUACUUCCACAAGCUCUUCACUUCAGGGGCCGCCGCCGACCAGCAGAACAUCUACAACAUCGACUUUGUGGCAGCAGAGGCUCUGGGAGCUUUGCUGGACUUUGCCUACACAGCGACGUUGACGGUCAGUCACAGCAGCGUGGCUGACAUCCUUGCUGCUGCUCGCCUCCUGGAAAUCUCUCCCGUCCAGGACGUCUGUACUCACCUGCUGGACACCAAAGUGCUCUCCUCGCCGGCGGGCAGUGAGCGAAGAGAUGAAGAUGAAGAGGGGAAAUGCAGAGGAGUCAAGGAGCAGGGGAACCGAAUUCAGGCCAGGGAGUACCUGGAGUACUUCCAGAGAGGGGCGCACUGGAGCAGCAGCUGCAGCACGCCAGAGCUCAGGGAACUGCCCACACACCUGCACUUUAACCAUGGUAACGGGAGCAUCCCCAGCAACGGGGCUCCUGCGGGCCCCGGUGAGUACUACUCCCCGCUGGCCCUAGCCUUGUCACAGCCCCAAGCGCAAGAACCAGAGGAGGAGGACGAGGAUGAAGAGGAAGAAGAAGACAGGGAGGCAGUUCAGGGCAAUGGAGUGAACCUGGGGUCAUCAUACUACCCUCCAUCUCAGAACGGCCACUUCUACCUCCCCCCUGAGUCUCGGCAGGAGGCGGAGGUGGAGGACAGCUGCAGGGAGGCGAUGGUGAGGGAUAGGGGCUCAGCCAGCGCCCUCCUGCAACAAAUGAUGGACUCCAUCGAGAGGCAGAAGAAGCGUGCGGACGGGGAGGAGCAGGGAGACGGGGAUGAUCCUGACAUGGAAUUUUACUUGAAUUAUUUCAGCAGCACGCAGCACGAAGACGCAGCUUCCACAUCACUCGUGCAUGGCGUGCCGCCGUCGCUGUGGAUGUCACGAGGCAGCGCGGGCCAACACACAGCAGGAGGAGAGAGGGCAGUGGAGGAGAGAGGGAACGGCACUGGGGGAGGUGGAGGAGAAAGAAAGAUGCGUUCUAAGGCCUUCCAGAAGUGCCCCAUAUGCUCGAAGGUCAUUCAAGGUGCAGGCAAGCUACCCCGCCAUAUCAGAACGCACACGGGAGAGAAACCCUAUGAAUGCGCCAUCUGCAAAGUGCGCUUUACCAGGCAGGACAAGCUCAAGGUUCACAUGCGAAAGCAUACAGGAGAGAAGCCUUACCUGUGUACACAAUGUGGAGCCGCCUUCGCUCACAACUACGACCUGAAGAACCACAUGCGUGUCCACACCGGUCUCCGUCCCUACCAGUGCUCAAGCUGCUUUAAGACUUUUGUGCGCUCGGACCACCUGCACCGCCACCUUAAGAAGGACGGCUGCAACGGCAUCCCCUCCCGCCGGGGCAGAAAACCUCGGGUGAGAGAACCGGGGCUCCUGGAGGCCCCGCCGAGCCUCCUGAGCCCUAGCCCCGAAACUGGGUCCCAGCCUCGCACCGCCAGGGGCCGGCGGCGCUCCGAGGCGUCCUCUGCAGCAGAGGUAGAGGGUGCUGUCGAGAUGCACACACACAGUCCUCGGCUGCAGGAACUAGCAGUGGAGGCGGGACCCUGAGACUACGGGGGGGGGGGACCACAAGGACACUGCUGGACGCCACAGUCGCUCUGCACAGCCUGUGAGACAGGCCAGUGGACAGAGGAGAGAAUAAACAUGCAAAGGCAAUUUAAAGAGACAAAACAACUAACUAUUCCUCUAUAAACCAAAUCAGGGUGUCACAGAAAUUGAAUCUUUAUAUUUCUUUCUCCUUUUACUUUAGGAAAUGGAAUAGACUUGCAAGCACUUCAGACGUUUUAUUUGUUAAAGAGAAAAGAACGCUUCAAAUCAUCCACCCAUGAUGUCCACUUUCUGGGCCAUUUCUUUCUCUGUCAUAUUAGACUCUUUUUUGUUUUGUUUUUUUUUUACACCGGCAUAUGCAGUUAGGCAAGUAUAUGGUCGAGACAAAGAAACUCCGAGCAACUAUGCAGUUGAUUUAAAGUUUAAUUGGUUUUGUCCUCACAGCCUUCAAGCUCUAAGAAAGGUGACUGUCAUGCACCUUCUGGCUGCUGUACGAGUGAAGCGAGGACAAAUCCUCCCAGCAACAACUCCUUUUUUUUAUACCUAUUCCUUUACAGCUCUGAGAUGUACAGUUACCAUAGAAACAAAAUUUCCACAAUAUGGUAUAUGCAAGGAAAACUCACCAACGUUUUGAUGCAAGAAUCUUUAUAUUUUUCAGUCUAUAAAUGUUCCAGAAAGAAUCAGGCGAGGGGUUGAUUGAAGUGUUACUUACUCUAAAAAAAAUGUUUUGUUUUUUUUAUUGUAAUUGGUGGUUUGUCUUAUUGAAAAGUUCAACUUGAGUCAAAUCCACUUUAACGAGGCCUCGCCGCUUGCAGGACGAGGGGAAUGCGAGGGGUGGAGGGUUUGUGUUUUCCAAGCACUACCGUUCUCAACGUAUCUGUUGGCUUUACUACAUUGCCUCUUGUUCCUCACAGCCCUGCAACAUCAGCGUUUCCUUUGCCCUUUUGAUGUUUGAUUGUCUUAAUUCUGUUUUUUGUUGUUGUUCUUUUGGGUACUCGACACUUUAUAAUUGUAUACGUGUGUAUAUAGCAGGCAGAGACGUGACAUUGGCCCCCUCUUGCUGAGGUGUACUUACCGAUUUUUUACUUUUGAUUUUUUUUCCUUUUUAGGCUCAAUGUUAUAUUUCUCAGACACAGUUGAAGCUUUUGGGUGAAAGAAACGAAGCUGUGUGAAUGUUCAAUGGCAAACACACACACCAAAAAAAAAGAAAACAAACAAACAAACAAAAAAAAAAACAUUAAGUCACCUAUUUGUCCUAAACGUAAAACUUGACAUGUACAGUUCCUGCCCAGAGGAUUAGAGCGAUGAAUGAAUGAAUGUGCUUAACUUUGUGCAGUUUUUUCGGAGUCUGUCCUUGUGCGACAAGGCGCGGGUAGCACUUAACCGACCGCAGGUUAAAGGAAUGGCAGGGAGCAAGAGAGACAAAGAGUACGAAGAAGACAUAUGUGAGCACCUUUCGAUAUAUAUAUAUAUAUAUAUUUUUUUUUUUAUUCUACGUUUGCACAGCUUUACUAAAGAUAUCCAACAGAGUGGGAGAUAUUUAAAGGAAUCUGGGUUGUUGUUGGGGAGCGAGAGUGAGAUUAGAUGUAUAUAUCAUGCUUAUUCCAAUCCUUUUUGCCCCAGGGACCACACAACCGUAAGGCAACCUGUGUGAUGAAGAGAGCAAUAAAUACCUGUCCGAGUUGGGAGGCCAAAUAGGAGCACAGCUGCAGUUGGGCGGUGGGGGAAGGGAGCAAGGGAAGAGGAGUGUAGGGGAGUGGGGGGGGGAAUCUCACAAUGUCUGUUGCAUUCCAAAAAAAUAAUCUCCCCCAGCUCAGCCACGUUUCCAGCCCGGGAGUGGAUCAGUCCGGGCCUUUUCUCUCCCUCUCUCUGCCUCUCCUCUAAUGCCCCUAAACCAGCCUGGAGGAGAUAUUAUUAUUGUUAUUCUUAUUAUAUUAGAGCCUGGAUGCCUGGUGUUGGUAGUUUACUGUCCGAGCGUGUUUACAUGUACAUGUGUUUUAAAUGUGGGCGUGUGUGUGUGUGUGUGUUUGGGGGGGGGGGGGGGGGUGUGCGUGUGUGGCAGCCAGCCAGGGUCCCUCUGGCCACAUCAUCAGAGUGUGAGUCAGCCGCAGCCUGUUCAAACAUGCACCCUGAGCUGCCAGCGCCGCUGCACUUUCUCAUGUCGUUCGCACACACGCACCGGGUCCAGGUGUCCCGCAGAGAGGAGGGGAACGCCACGGCUCGCACUGUCCACUCUAAUGUUGUCAGUCACUGCGAGGCUUUGGUGAUUUUGCUUGGGUUAAAAGAUGCACGCUCAGAUUCCACGUGAUCCCCACCCCUCCUCGCCCACUUUACACAGUCUGAGCAAAAAAAAAAAGAAACAAAGUAAACACAUCCUCUUUCACUUCUACUGUUCUCAAAAUUAUUUGGUCGUUGCCAAAUCUUGCAGCCUCAGAUGAACAAUACCAUGGGAGAUGUUACGCUGUUUUUAAAUAUAUAUACAUAUAUAUAAAUCUAUAUAUUUAAUGGAAAAAUGAACUGUUUGAAACAUUGAACACUUUUAGCAGAACGGUGUGUCCAUUUGAUUUUGUGCACCUUUAAAAAUUGUUUGUAGUUUAGCACCUUGAUUCUUUCAUCAUUCCUGGUGUGUUUGGAGUCGCUGUCAGUUUAUGCAAAAAUGAGCCAAAAUCAUGAGCCACCCACCGCCGUGCUUAACUAGUAUGUUUAGUUUGUACUGUCCAAAAUCUCUCAGAACGAGAUUUGGUCCAGACGUCUCGUGGUUUGUUCAGAUGCAACUUGGGAAAGCUAAGCCAUAGUACCGUGUUGCUUUUAAAGAGGAUUUAUGCCGACAACCCUUAAAAACAAGCCAUGCUUAAUCGGCCUUUUUCUAAUUGGGCUGAUGUUUUAGUGGUCUUCUGCUAUUUCUUUCCAGUUUUAUUAAACCUGUCGUCCACGUCAACUGGCUGGAAUUUCCACUUUUGAGAAAACUGUUAAUUGUUUUGAGUAUUUUUGAUUAUUCCUGUUGUAAGUUACCCUUAUAACACGUUCCCGAUUAAAGGGCAGCCACAGCGGUAUCUUUUAUUGGUGUUAAAACCGUCGUAAUGGUCCAAACCAAGUGAACUUCUAGAUCAUGUUGCUAGGGGCCACUUAAUCAAAUGUCACACCUUUAAUUGCUUUCACACACUUUUUGAUACACUGUAAAAUCUCAUGACCUGUUGUUCAUCUAAGAUUGUUUUUAACUUAUGUAAAGACACAGAAAGUCUAAAACACAAAACCGGAAGAGGGUGUUCUUACUAUUUGGAAAUUCUGUACAAGUGCUUAAUGUUGCACCUUACUUGGAUUGAGGCUCGUCGUGGAGCACGUUCUUACAGGGCGAGUGGACACUUUUGUCAACAAAACGGGUACUUUGAAACACAUGAGAUGAGUCCCUCUUUUCUGUCCGUCGUGGUGAACUUGAAUUCUAGUGUUUUGGUGAGAUAUGAGAGUUUAGUUCCCACAGGAGACACUGAGCUGGGGUCAGAUGAGGUUUUGUGAUCCAAAAGACUAUUCCAUAUAACUGAAUGCACUUGAAGUUCGCUGUCGGUCAUUGUCUUUUUAUGUCUUAAUAUAAAAUAUGGAGGCAGAAGAAAGGGCACUUUGUGUGUUGGCGUGUGUGUGUACGUGUGUUUGCGUGUCCAUCCUUUAUUGCAAGUGUGUGUGCACACGCACAAGCUGGCAGGCGGGCUGGAGGGUCUCAGGAUAACUGUUAUAAACAAGCCUUUGCAUCGGCCCCCAUCUGUUCUCAGACCUACACGUGCUUCUGUUUGGAUCCGCGCGGCGGGGACGAGUCCACGGUAGCACAGAAGCAGGAACGUUACACUGCUAAGCAACACGUCGGACAGCAGCUUGUUUAUCCCACGGCUCUCUGUGCGCAGGUUUUCAUAGCACUUGUUUACUCUUGUUGGUCACCGUCAGGCAGGAGUUGUGAAAGUCUUAAGUUCCUUUUUUUCUUCUUCUUUGACGCAUUUAACAGGGGUGUUAGUGAUUGUACAGCAGCGCUCCCGAUUUUAAACCAUUGUAAGUUGGGUGAUGUCUGUCAUUAUUCGUCGUGGUACUUGGAAUGGACUGCUUAUACCCUUUGUGUCUUAACGUGGCAGUUUUUUUUUUUUUUUUGUGAGCCAUCUUAAUUGGACCUCUAUGGUAGAUUUUGUUGAUUGACCAAAGCUCUUUAUUUUAUUUUUUUUUGCCGUCCAUCUUAGUCAAAUGCAGACUCGAGAUAAUAAGUGUGAUUUUAUUCAGUCUAGACCUCCCUGACUAAGCCAUGGAUGCUCGUCAUCUUUCAGAUCAUUUUACUUGAGUUCACUUCCUCUCAUUCUUUGUAUGUUUGUGUAAAGAAAAAAUAGAAUCAAAAGUUUAAGGAUGUAUAGCUUGUUCUGUCUGUUUAUUUUUCUUUAUUUUAUUUUUGAAAAUUAUGUGUUGUGCUACAGCUGGGGUUUUUUUUUUUUUUUUUUUUUCUAAAUAUUUUUACAUGGCGGUAUGUAUGUGUGUGUUUUGGGGUAAGGGUAAUGGUUUCGGGAUGCUGUGCCAGGAGGGUAGGGUAACUAAAAAAAAGAAGGGUGCUUGUGGGUGGGGGUUAUGGAUAAAAAGCCUAAAAUAGCACUGGAAACGGUGCUUUAGCUGAGAGAGCAAAAGUUUGCACUAAUGUAAAACGUCCUCGUCCUGCUAUAGGGAGAAGGACCCGAGACCUCAAAGGCCUGCGAGUGUCUAAGAGCACAGAGCAGAGUGGUCGAUACUCAAUGGUCUCUCAAAGAGUCCAUUCAAACCCUCGUUAAAAAUAUAAUCAUGUACAGUAUGCUGAGAAAUAUAGACUUCCAGGAGCAACGGAUACCAAAGCAGAAAAAAACAAAACAAUGGGUUUCAUUCUCGUCACUGGACAUUUUAAGCUACCGAUUUUAGAUUUUUAUUUCUUGAGCUGAUGGCUUUUGAUGAGAGGUUCUCAGAUGGAAACAUAAUUUUCUUUUUAAGAUGACAAAAUCAUAAAGUACAACUUUAAGAUGAGCAGUAAAGCUUUUUUGAAGAACAAAAAAACUAAAAAAAAACUUGAGAUGUUUAACUUGUUCCAAACCUGUUUAAGGCAACACAGAUAGCCACAUUUCUAUGUUUAUUCUGCUGAUUAUUAAUUAAUGCCUACCAAUACUCCCUUUUCCUUAAAGACUGUUUUUGACCUGUUGAGCUGAGUCACUUCAGUGUGUUAUCUGAGAAGGUUAAAGUGACUGUAAAUGAUAUGUGGCCUUGUCUGAGGAGCGUUAAGCUUGUUUUGUUUGUUUCCAGUCUAUUGUGGAGUGUGGGGCUGAGGCUGACUCUCACUGGGUGGGCUGGUCAGCACCGAGGGCCAAAGCGUGCCUUAAGGAUUGACAAAAAAAGAAAGUUCAGUUAUCUUGACAAAAAAUUAUUUUUUACUACACGGUAAAUUGGCUUCCUACAGUAUGAAUUGACUUAAUCUUUACUUGAGUAAUUUUAUGCAAACGCGUGUCAUUUUUUGUUGUUGUUGCUUCUGUGUCCUGCACACCACCCAUGAUCGCAGCCUCAGCUCCAGACCAAGGUUACUUCGACGCAGGCUCCAGCCUCCAAAUUUCCAUGCAUUUUCUUUUUUUUCUUUUUUUUCCCCCCCUCAGACUUGACCUCGACAUGUAAUCUGUCUUGUGUUAUUAUUAAAGAUUCUUGCUAAAUCUAUCCAAGAAGGCCACUAAACAAAGACUAAGAGAUAACUAUAACUGUAAAUAUUCCAACAAAGCAGAACGUGCUGACUGUUAUUAUGGCCUGUAAUGACUGUGGAAAGGGUAGCUUUGCUUUGUCAUUUUGCUGCACCUAUUUUUUGUUUGUUUUGUUUUUUCUUUCUUCAUCAGGCUGUUGGUGCUCAGCAAGCCUGAGCGCAGCAUAUGCAGUACGGCUCCGUGCUCAGCGUGGCUCUGGCGCUCGCACAGACAGCCCUGGGUCCUUCAGAGGCACAGUUCUGUCUGAUGGCCAGCCUCUCAGCCAAGCGGACACAGUUUGCACUUGGAGUCUUUGUCAGUCUCUGGGGGAUACAAAGGUUAGCACACGGGGAGGAUUAAACAUGGCCGGUUGAGCAAGGCUGAGUGUUAUUUUCUGUUUCGGAAGCCCGAGUGAUGAGCACUAGAGUCGGUUCACCAAACUAGCCCGGCCGCAUCAGUGCUGAAGAGGCUGUUGUAGAUUUGGGAAAACGCAGCCAAGAGACUGUUGCUGAUCUCUUCUGUCUUUAUGUACGUACUACUCAGGUGGAAAAUUCACUGCUAUGCAUUGGGUUUCAUUAUCUGCUCAGUUUAUGGUGUGUCUGGUUCGUUAUUGUGAUCAUUCCCAGACUUUUCCUGUAGAACUCCUUUCAAAAUUGUACAUCACAGCUUCCCCAAAAAGGAUUUCCUCACUGGAGUGAACUGUGUGUCCCUCCAAUUAAUACUGAUUCAGUCUGGUUUUUUUUUAUCAACAACUAAAAGAAGCUCAUCGUUAAGACCUAUAACAUUUGUUUUUUUAAUCUUUAGUGGGUAGGGAGUUCACUUCUCAUCUGAUCAGAGAUCUCACACACAGAGAGGGUAAAAGGCGAGCUAUGGACAAUUCGAGACCUGUUUGUCUCCUCAGACCAAAUUCAGGAUGCAUUCCAUGAUUUCAUACUGUGAGAAUGAAGCAAGUCCGAGACGACGAGAGGAAAUGUUUGACAUUUGGCUGCGUCUUGUCCGGCCUCACCGUCCCGGGACGGACAUUUCAGUUGUAACGCUCAGAAGCCCCCCUUCCCACUUUCCCCUCAACUCCCCUUUGCAGUGUAGCACUAACUUUCUGACUGCCUUUUUUUCAGCUUCUGCGAUUGUAACAAAAGCACUUUGCGAGAGUUCACCUUGAAUUUUAUGUUGGUUCGAUUUUUUUUGCGGUCAUCACUAUUUUUUCUUCCGUCUCUGUCUUAAUGUAGAUGAUUAUUUAAAUGCAAAAAAUAUAUAUGUAUAUUGAAAAUGGAUAAACAGAAAAAGACUUGAAUAUUUGGUAUCUAGAUUGAUUUGCUAAUGCAUCUCUGUCAUACUACCACCAUACCUGUUAUGCAGCUUAUUGCAUAAUCUCAAUCAUUGUGGUGUGAAGAGGGGGUACAGAAGAGACUUUCUCCCACCUGCUUUCUGCGAGAUCUUGUUGCAAAAAAAGGUCAUCAGAUCUCUCUUUUUUUAUUUUUAUUUUAAGAAAUGUGUAUAACACUUUGUAAAAAGCUUUCUGAGAAGGCUGCAUAUUAAUCGACUUUACAUUAAUAGCCUGUCUGUGUUGGGAAAGACUGGAUCUGGUAUCCGUAUAAGGAUUAAAUUAUUGAGAAUUUGUCGUCUUACAUUUGCAGAUCAGCACAGAAAUGUAUUUUGGCCUUAAACAAAUCACGAUUACUGCACUAAAAUGGAAGUACAAUGUCAUAAUACGCAUUCAAACGCUCGGAAAAAUCAUUCAGCUUGGGAGAGAAGAAAAGGCUGCUGUGAUCAUUAACAAUCUUUGAAGAGAUUUUUUUUUUCUUUGUUUUUUUUUUUUUUUUUGCAUUUCAAAGUGACAGAAAAAUAUCAGUCAAAUCCGGACAUUUAAAUCUACACUGAGUCUCAUAUGGCAGAACAUGUUAGCAUGAUGUGGACAUUGUGUACUGACCACACCCAACUGUGUGUUUCACUAGUGUGUCCUAAAGGCGAACUACCUGCCAAGUGAAGUGAAUGGAUCAAGCCACAUGUAACAUACUGAUCACCGAAUGUUUCCUACCCACAGGGGGCAGCAGAACCUUCCCAUCCGAUGGGACUCAGUGUGGAUUUCCGUAAGCCAUCCUUUUAUUUUCACGUUUUAAUUUCUUGUCCAUCGUGUUCUGUUAGUCCAUAUCUGCUGGAAAGUACAAGGAGACGGGGGAGGAACACAGGGAGGGGGAUUGUUGGUGAUUUCUGUUUUUGGAGAAAUUUGCACUUUUUGGCAACGAAAAGAGAGUAUUGUACACGAGACCACUAAAUCCACACACAGUCUAAAUCAUAUAAUUCCAUUUUGGUGUCCUUUUUUGUUGUUGUUCUGUUCUUUUUUUUUAAUAUAUCCAAAAAUGUCUGGCAUCUGGUUGUCUGGUUUAAAGAAUAUAAAAUCUUUCUAUUAAAAAAAAAACAAUGGUUGAAA